CCUCCAACUUCUACCACCCACAUCCCCUCCGCAAAUACAAUGUCUGCUCCUCGAGUUGCUAUCGUCAUCUACUCGAUGUACGGCCACAUCGCAACGUUGGCCGAAGCUUUGAAAGCUGGUGUCGUCGCAGCAGGCGGAAAGGCGGAUAUUUACCAAGUCCCCGAGACCCUCUCCUCCGACGUCCUCGCUCUCAUGCACGCCCCUGCUAAACGCAACUACCCCAUCGCCACGCCCGAGACACUCACUAAAUACGACAACUUCCUCUUUGGUAUCCCUACUCGUUAUGGAAACUUCCCCGCUCAGUGGAAGGCCUUCUGGGACUCCACCGGCCAACUUUGGGCUCAAGGCGCCCUUGCUGGUAAAUACGCAGGCGUGUUCGUCUCCACCGCCGGCCAGGGAGGAGGCCAAGAAUCUACCGUCAUCAACUCCAUCUCUACACUCACCCACCACGGGAUCAUUUACGUUCCUUUCGGGUACUCUACCGCUUUUGCGCAGUUGUCGACGUUGACUGAAAUUCGUGGUGGAUCUCCUUGGGGCUCGGGAACUUUUACUGGCGGUGAUGGAUCCCGCCAGCCAUCGAAGCUUGAGCUUGAGGUUGCGGAGAACCAGGGCUCGUCGUUCACUAAGAUCGUUUCGAGGGUUAACAGGGCUUAAUUUAUACCGAUCGCUGAUUCUUCCAGCGUGAAGGACUUUAUUGGUAGAUAAGAGUAGAGGAACAUCUGUCAGAGCAUUGCAUAGAAGCAUUGUAUAGACAAGCAACAGCUCUUGGAUGUGUCCAAUUUAAUACGUUUUUUUCUU